GAUGAUGAGAUUGGAGAUGGGACCACUGGUGUUGUCAAUGCAAUCCUCACUUUAUGGGCUGGUGCACUUUUGGAACAGAGCAAAAAUUUACUAGACCAUGAUAUUCAUCCCAUCCAUAUAGCAGAUAGCUUUGACCAGGCCUGUGCUAUUGCCUGCAAGAAGCUCAAUAGCAUCUCAGAUUGUGUUGACUUCUCACCCAAGAACAAAGAAAAUCUUCCCAGGACUGCAAUCACCUGUCUAGGCAGCAAAAUGUGUGCCAGUCCUUUCUUUCCUUCCUUGAAUAUGCUUUAA